AUGGCCAGCCGACUGUCCCUGCUUGUUCUGUUGGCUACGACAUGCUGUUGUGCCAUCGCUUCAGAUCCGAGCCUUCUCCAAGACUUCUGUGUUGCAGACAAGAUGUCUCAAGUGAGUGUUAAUGGUUUUACCUGCAAAGAUGCAAAAGAAGUGGUUGCCGAAGACUUCUUCUUCUCUGGCCUUCAUGUGGCUGCCAAUACCAGUAACAAGCAGGGAUCGGGCGUGACAGCAGCCAAUGUUAUGCAGAUCCCUGGCUUGAACACGAUGGGAGUCUCUAUGGUCCGCAUAGACUAUGCCCCAAAAGGCCAAAACCCACCUCACACUCACCCUCGUGCCACUGAAAUACUAGCAGUUCUUGAGGGCUCACUAUAUGUUGGCUUUGUUACAUCGAAUCCGGACAACACAUUGAUCUCCAAGGUUCUGAACAAGGGUGAUGUUUUUGUGUUCCCAAAGGGUCUUCUCCAUUUUCAGUACAACUAUGGGACAGAAAAUGCCAUAGCUCUUGCAGCCUUGAGCAGCCAAAACCCUGGGGUAAUCACUAUUGCCAACACAGUAUUUGGAUCAGAACCAUCCAUAUCUGAUGGUAUCCUUGCCAAGGCCUUCCAGGUGGAUAAAAAGACGGUUAACUGUAUCCAAGCUCAGUUCUAA